UCCUGUCAUCCCAAAUAUAAAAGCUGCUCUCUGACUUUCAAGAGACUGAACCCGUUUUACUCCGAUAGAACAUGCCUGAAAACCCAACAAAUGACUCCGUUUAAACAAUCAUACUUUCUGUGUCCACGGUGUCAGACAUAGAGGCAUUAUGGACUUUAUAAACUCCACGCUGUUAGGGCGCGACUUGGGCGAGCUAGCGCAGCGACUUUUGGGGAAUAACUCACAGUUUCCAUUUCAGAACACCACCGCCGCUUCCAACACGGAGGAGGAAGACUUGGAAGUCAACACGGACGUUUACUCCAGGGUGAUAGUCACAGUCAUCUACAUGGCCUUGUUCGCUGUCGGCUCUUUGGGGAACUCCAUCACACUGUACACCCUGCUGACCAAAAAGACUCUGCAGAACCUCCAGAGCACCGUGCACUAUCACCUGGCUAGCCUCGCUGUCUCCGACCUGCUGAUCCUCGUCCUCUCCAUGCCCAUCGAGCUCUACAACUUCAUCUGGUUCCACCACCCGUGGGUGUUCGGGGACGCCGUCUGCAGGGGUUACUACUUCCUCCGGGACAGCUGCUCGUACGCCACCGCGCUCAACAUCGCCAGCCUGAGCGUGGAGCGCUACAUGGCCAUUUGCCACCCGUUCAAAGCCAAGAGCAUCAUGUCCCGCAGCCGCACCAAGAAGCUCAUCAGCGCCAUGUGGCUCGCGUCCUUCGCUCUUGCCACGCCGAUGCUCUUCAUCAUGGGCCAGGUGAUGCGUAAAGGCGAGAAGAUAUGCACCGCGAUCGUCUCCCCUGUCACCAUUAAGACAGUGCUUCAGGUAAAUGCGUUUCUGUCCUUUGUGAUACCCAUGGUGGCCAUAUCUGCACUGAACGGGGUCAUAGCCAAUCAGCUUCUGCGAAUGUUCCGCGAGGCAGAGCAAGACAACCGUGUCAGCAUCAGUGGGGGAAAUCCCACCAUCCUGAAUGCCACCAUGGAGCCCAACCGUGCUCAGUCGCUUCGCCACGGAGUUCUUGUUCUCCGAGCAGUGGUCAUAGCCUUUGUGGUCUGCUGGCUGCCCUAUCACGCUCGCCGCCUCAUGUUUUGCUACGUCUCUUACUGGUCCGAUGACUUGUAUGACUUCUACCACUAUUUCUAUAUGCUGACCAACGUCCUGUUCUACGUCAGCUCGGCCAUCAAUCCGAUCCUCUACAACCUGGUGUCAGCCACCUACCGCCAGAUCUUCUUCUCCACGCUGCGCUACUUCUGCCUGCCCUGCCGCCAUACAUCCAGGAGGCACUCCCACCCCCUGACCCGCCACUCCAUCAGCAUCUCCAGCAACCACACCCUCUCCACCCACAUCAUCAAAGAGACAGCUUACUGAUAGGGCUGCCAUGGAACACACUUUCUCAUUAUAUAAACCCAUCCGCUGCCACCUUGUGAUUAUUUAUCCAACUUCAUCAAGUAAAAUCUGGGACUGGAUAAGAGACUGUAGGCACAAUCCGAUCCAGUAGGGGGUCACCAUCAUUGUUAUGUGGGGUCAAGUGCCCACUCCCAAACCAUUUCAUUUCAGAUGCACAUUUUUAUUACAUGUGUGUUGCAUCUUUAGUUAGUUUAACAUGAUUAUAUAGAGUAGAAAACAUAAAGGAUGGAUGGGCAUAAACAAAAGAGCCUCUUUUAAAAUGGGAUCUGAUCUGAUAUGUAAAUGUUUUAUAUAGUAUAUUUCUAUGUGCAUGUUUAAUUGGACAGAACAUUUGCACUUGCUUGGUGCUGUACCGUGUAAAUGACUCUAGUGUUUCAGUCAGUUUAAGCAUCAACUUGUAAAACUCUUUCUAUUUAGAUAUGGCCAUACUGGCAGUACUUUCACCACUACAACAGUUCUGAUGUAAUCCUCCUUUGUUGGGAGAGCAUUUGUGGAUAGACCUGGCUUUGAUGUACCUACUCCGUGCUCCUCUUUGUUCUGUUUCUUGAAUCCAAGUUGCAUUGACAGCUGUAUAGAAAGAAAACAAUCUAUUGCCUCUCUUGGCUUUGUUUCAAGUAGUUUUUCAGAAAAAUGUUUGUUGAACAAAGGGUCCAGCUAAUAGGGAGCACUUGUCACAUUGCUUAGACUCUAUGAUAUGAAUGUCCAAGGGAUUGUAAAUGGUGCAGACAGAGAUUCUGAUUAUUUCUGGUAAUAGUUUUCCGCAACCAUAACGGCCUUUUUAAACUGUGAGAUAAUGGGUAGAAUAUUAUUGAUUGUUUGACUAAUUUGUACAUUUGUACAUUGACCAAUGCGUAAAUAACACCUGUUGGAAAUUAAUUGAUGCAUAGACAUGCCGGUGGGGUCAGACAAAGGAGCACAGGGAAACACAGCACUCCCACUCUAAUGCCUCCCCACCAGCUGCUGCUUGAGGAAUCCGAGGCAGGCAGAGAUCUUGGGACUGUUUCCUUCAGGAAAAACAAUCUGGACGCUUCUUCAGCUCAGACACGCAAGAAGUGCUAAAGAGGAUUAGAGUAUCAUUUAUCCAUGAUUCAGCAAUAGCAUUUUGAAAGGCCAAGAGAAUGGAGCUUGUACUCUGUUCUGAAUCAUGCCUUCACAGAUUUCAAACCACAAUGGAUUUUAUUUUAAAAAGCUGUAGUAAUGUUACAGUAACAGGGUCACAGAUGAAUCAUUCAUUUCUCUCUGCUGUUGUCCCACUUUUUCAUUUUAUUCUAAAGCCUGUUUUAAUGUUUGUCAGGAAGAGGUGUAAUGGUUCACACAAUUCACAGCUUGGUAUGUACCUCAGUUUUGGGGCCACAGUUCAGUACGUUUUUGGUACAGCAGGGAAGACAAAAAAAUGCAGAAAGUAACAUUUCAAAAAAUCAAAAAAUUAAAUAGCACAAAUGUCAGUAAUGCUCCAUCUCUGACCUGUUGAUAAUUUCUUAACAGCUGCAGCUUAUGCUCAUUUAUACAGGGCAACACAAAGGAUGACUACACUGUAAAAGGGAAAAUACAUUGUAGCUGGGCUCAAGCACUUUGACCAUGUAUUUAAAUCCUGUAUUCUCAUGUCUUAUUAAUUUGACACAGUCUGAAUCUGCAGUGACAGCCUGCCUGGACACUGAGAAGGACUCAUCUUCCAGUCUUUGUUCCGCUAAUCACACAUACAACACAUACGCGGGUGUUGCUGUCGUAAAUUUUCACAGACAUACCUGACUUCAGUUGAACAAUGUCAACACACAGUUUGACACUAAUUGUUGCCCAUUUUCACUGUAACUAAAAAGGAAUGUCAUUAGUUUUGGAAGUAUUUAUUAAUAGUGUUGGACAAAUUGAAUGAUGGUCCUAGAAGAAAAGUCAGCGGAUCACCAAGAUCAGUAGGCUUCAUCCUCUGGGGACCAAGAACAUCUGUACAAAAUUUCAUUCCAUCCAAUUUCAAUCCAUCCAAUAGUUCUUUACAUAUUUAACAUGACAUUGCUAAAAAAGAAUAAAAAUGAAAGAAAAUAACUAGAUCAAAAAGCUACAGUUAUGCAAAAAGAUCAGCAGCAAUUUCACUUCUGUGUAUUCAGUAUUUACUACCUUUUAUGCAUUACACUUACUUUUGUUGUACUGUAAAAAUCCUUACUGCUCCCACCUUCUCAAUGUAUAUCACAGCAGUAAAAUGCCAAAAAAAAGAGCUCAACCUCUUUAUAUUAUUUUUAUUAAAUGACUGGUUGUGUUUAA